AGGAUAUGUACGGUACGCAGCCGCACUUUGCUGAGGAAGGACGAACGUCCCCGUAGUCGCCUCGAUCUCAAUCAAUGGCUCACGAAUAUAACCUCACUAAACGUUCGAUAUUAGGUCUCCGUCAUUCUACUCUACAUCUGGCUUACAUGGCUGAGUCGUGUUCGGCCUACCGUACUGUUAUAUACUGUACAAUACAAACCGGUACACGCCCAGUUCAUCAACUGCGAAAGCGCAUUCAGAGCCUACAGAACUGAAACCACCUAUCAAUGCGCCAAACAGGAGAAUAAAACAAAACAAACCUGCAUCCCCGCGGCGGAAAUGGCACACCUUGGGCCUAGCAAAGCUGCGAGCAGCAAGGAGCAGGCGGGCCUGCGGUACCCGUCCAGUGGCAAGACCAUCUACCACCGGCCGUUGAACCGCACCAAGACAGCCGAGCUCAGCCAGGCGAGCUUCGCCUACCUGUUUUCCGAGAUGGUGAGCUACGCGCAGCGGCGAGUAACCGGGAUUCAAGAACUAGAAAAGCGGCUCAACCUCCAAGGCCACCCAAUAGGCCUCAAGCUGCUCGACCUCCUCCUGAUUCGCGAACCGCCACGCUCCCAGACCCGUCCGCUCUCCAUCAUCGCGCUGCUGCACUUCAUCAAGAUCAACCUGUGGACCCACCUCUUCGGGCGGCAGGCCGACCGCCUCGAGAAGAGCUCCAACCCGGACACGCCCGACGAGUACAUGAUCAUCGACAACGAGCCGCUCGUCAACGCGUACAUCAGCGUGCCGCGCGAGAUGAGCCAGCUGAACUGCGCCGCCUUUGUCGCGGGCAUCGUGGAGGGCGUGUGCGAUGGGGCCAUGUUCCCCGCUCGUGUCACGGCGCAUACUGUGGGGGGUAAGGAGGAAGGGGAGAUGUGGCCCGGGAAAACGGUAUUUCUGGUCAAGUUUCAGCCGGAGGUUCUGGAGAGGGAGGCGCUGAUUGGCAAGGGGUGAGGUGUUGACGGUUCGCUGGGAGCUGGAGCUGAUUGGGCUUUUUUUGCAUCGGUCUGGCGUUUAGGGUCGGGUAAGAGCGACUUUGCUUCGGGUUCAACUAUGGCUAUAUCCGGUUGAGAUAUCAUGUUUGCAAAGGGAGUCAGUCAUCUAGACGGAUGUGGAAAGCAAUGG